GCGACACAGGAGCGGGCGAAAGAGAAGGGCGGGGAGGGGGAGAGAAAACGACCCCCGGGGCCAAGCCCGGUCCGCAAGUGCUCUCAGGCAGCGCCGGCGGCGUCUGCACUUCCUCCUUCUCUCCAGGUGGCUGGCUUGCAGGGCAGCGGCAGCGGCUUCGUGCUGCUGGUGGGACCGUAAACGAAGGAAUCCAGAUGUGGAGAACCCAGCUGCGCCCUUGCCUUCUCAGCACAAGGAUACAUCUGCAGUAAUGAAGCCUUUUGUCACUUCCACCUCUGGGAUUUUUGUAUUUCUGCUGACCUUGGUACCAUGGAGUAAUGGCAAAUGUAAAGAAGCAGGUUCAAGGCCAGAAAUGAAUCUCAAUGUCAGCUAUGAACUCCCUAGCUUCACUGCAGAAACUCCAGUACAAAAUACAGUUUUGUACCAGCACCAUAUCUAUGUUGGAGCAGUCAACAAAAUCUAUGUCCUAAAUGAAAGCCUUCACAGUGUCUUUGUGUACAAGACUGGACCUGUGCUGGAGAAUCCUGACUGUGCCCCUUGUGAAGACUGUAAACAUAAAGCAAACCAGUCCAGCAGCACUUGGAAUAAUAAUCGCAACAUGGCUCUGCUUUUAGAAACGUACUAUGAAGAUCAGCUUAUCAGCUGUGGUAGUGUGGCAAAAGGAACCUGCCUACGUCAUGUCAUCCAUGCUAAUAACCCUGCUGACAUUGGAAGGGAUGUGGAGUGUAUGUACUUGAAACAGGUGUUUGAUGAGUCAGGCCAAUGUCCUGAUUGUGUGGUAAGCCCUUCAGGAUCUAAAGUUCUGGUAAUAGAAAAGGAUAGGUUUGUGAACUUCUAUGUUGGAAAUACAGUAGUGAAUUCAUCUCAGCAAGACCAUUCACUGCAUUCAAUAUCAGUUCGAAGAUUAAAAGAAAGUCUAGAUGGAUUUGAGUUUCUCACAGCUGACUCAUAUAUUGAUGUCCUUCCACAAUUCAGGGAUUCCUACCCCAUUAAGUAUAUUCAUGCCUUUGAGAAGGACCACUUCAUAUACUUUCUCACUGUCCAGAAAGAAUCUCUUGAUUCACAGACUUUUCACACAAGGAUCAUACGAUUCUGCUCUUUAGAUUCUGAGUUGCGUUCAUAUAUGGAAAUGCCACUUGAGUGUAUGUACACUGAAAAACGCAGGAAAAGGUCAACCGGCCAGCCAAACGAGGUCUUUAAUAUUUUGCAGGCUGCAUACAUUGGUAAACCAGGAGCAGCCUUAGCCCGGGAAAUGAACCUUGAUAUGAACGAUGACAUUUUGUAUGGUGCUUUUGCACAAAGUAAACGGGACUCUUCAGAACCAUCUCAUAAAUCUGCUGUCUGCUUAGUCGCCAUUAAAACCAUCAAUGAAUUCUUCAGCAAGAUUGUAGAUCGACAAAACAUGAAAUGUCUUCAGCACCUUUACAGAGAAGACAGCAAGUACUGCUCGAAAAGGUCUUUUUCAAGAAAUGCCUCUUACUGUGGAGCCCAAGAUGAUGAAUAUCGAGUGGAAGUUACAAUGGCUUUACAGCGGAUUGACAUAUUUGCACAGCAGUUCAACAGUGUCCUGUUAACUUCCAUAUCUGUCUUCACUAAAGGCGAACUUACCAUAGCAAACCUUGGGACAUCAGCAGGCCGCUUCAUGCAGGUAGUGAUUUCUCGUGCAGCACACACAACACCAUAUGUAAACUUCCAACUAGAUUUUCAUCCAGUUUCUCCAGAAGUUAUAAUUGAAAAUUCACCAGACGACGAUGGAUAUAUCUUGGUAGUCACUGGGAAUAAGAUAACGAAGAUUCCACUAAAUGGACCAGGUUGUAAUCAUUUCAGUACAUGCAGUGAGUGUCUCUUGUCACCUUCCUUCAUGAAAUGUGGUUGGUGUAGUGAUCGGUGUACACGAUCCAAGGAGUGCAGUGGAGGAGUGUGGACGCAAGAGAUCUGUUUACCUAGAAUCUAUGAGACUCUUCCAAGAAAUGUACCUUUUGACAGCACCAGUCGACUGACACUAUGUGGGUGGGACUUUGGAUUCAACAAAAACAACAAGUUCAGUUUGCAGAAAGUGACAGUUCUUAUCAAUGGACAACAAUGCAUCCUGGAUGUCAAAGCAAGUGAUGAAAACAAACUGGAAUGUAUUCUUGGCGCUGUAAAGAAUCCAAGUUUUAAUGUUUCAAGCACUGUUUCAAAUGGACAAAGUAAUAUUUCCUUCAGUAACUUCUCUUUUGUGAAUCCCAUUAUAAGAAGUGUCUCACCCAGCUAUGGCCCACGAUUUGGUGGAACGUUGCUGACAUUAACUGGGGAAUACUUAAACAGUGGUAAUUCUCAAGAAGUCUUUGUAGGUGAGAAGCAGUGCAACAUAACAAGAGUAUCUGACAGCACCAUAGAAUGUUUCACCCCUAAACAAGGAGACCAGUCAGAAUGUCUUGUUAAAAUGAGAAUUGAUGCAGUCUUUCGUUCUGCGGGUCCCUUUAUGUACAGAGAGAACCCUGUUGUUUCUAAAAUUUAUCCAGUCAAAUCCUUUCUUAGUGGUGGAAGCACAAUUACAGUUCAAGGGAUCAACCUAAAUUCAGCCUUCUCUGCAAAGAUGGUUGUAACAGUCCCUAAACUACACAGGAACUUUACUGUGGCAUGUAGCCAUCGCUCCAAUUCUGAGAUAAUUUGCUGCACAACUCCUUCACUAAAACCUUACAAUCUGACACUGCCAUUUGUGACAAAAGUUUUUUUCAUUUUUGAUGGUGUCAACUCAUCACGUUUUAACUUUGUUUAUGUGAAUGACCCCAGCUUUACAUUUUUUGAAAAACCCAUAGUGAUUUCCAAAGGAAAUCAGAAUAUAGUGAUUAAGGGAAACAAUAUUGACUCAGAAGCUGUUAAAGGUGAAGUACUAAAGGUUGGAAACAAGAGCUGUGAAAAUAUCACCUUGAAGUCACAGUCGGUUUCUUGCACUGUUCCCACAGAACUGCUGAAAUCCAACAGUCAAUUAAAUAUUGAGUGGAAGAAAGAAGUUUCAUCAGCGCUUAUUGGGAAAGUCAUGGUUCUGCCAGAUCAGAAUUUCAAAGGGCUCAUUGCAGGAGUUGUGUCAAUAUCCAUUUUUCUCUUACUGUUGUUGUUUGGGCUUUUCCUGUGGAGAAAAAAGAGAAAGCAAAUCAAAGACUUAGGCAGAGAGAUUGUGCGCUACGAUGGAAGAGUGCACACUCCUCACUUGGACAGGCUUGUCAGCGCAAGGAGUGUGAGUCCAACAACAGAAAUGGUGUCGAGUGAAUCUGUGGAUUACAGAUCCACUUUUCUAGAAGAUCAGUUUCCAACUUUAUCUCAGAAUGGAUCAUGCAGGCCAACCCAGUACCCUCACUCAGAUUUAUCACCCAUUUUGUCUACUGGAGACUCUGAUUUAGCCAGCCCAUUGUUGCAGUCAAAUGUCCAUAUUGACAUCAGCGCCUUAAAUCCAGAUUUGGUCAAAGAAGUUGAGCAUGUGGUGAUUGGUCCCGACAGCCUGAUAGUGCAUUUCACUGAAAUAAUAGGAAGAGGACACUUUGGGUGCGUCUAUCAUGGGACUUUGCUGGAUACGGAAGACAACAAAAUUCAUUGUGCGGUGAAGUCCUUAAAUAGGAUUACAGACUUGGAUGAAGUAGCCCAGUUUCUGAAAGAAGGGAUUAUAAUGAAAGAUUUCACUCAUCCAAAUGUCCUAUCACUGCUUGGAAUUUGCCUGCCCAAUGAAGGAUCUCCGCUGGUGGUGCUUCCAUACAUGAAACAUGGAGAUCUUCGAAAUUUCAUUAGAAAUGAGACUCACAAUCCAACGGUAAAAGAUUUGAUUGGCUUUGGCCUGCAAGUGGCAAAGGGGAUGAAGUACCUUGCAAGCAAGAAGUUUGUCCAUAGAGACUUGGCAGCAAGAAAUUGUAUGCUAGAUGAAAAAUUCACUGUCAAGGUUGCUGAUUUUGGCCUUGCUCGCGAUGUCUAUGAUAAAGAGUACUACAGCGUGCACAAUAAAACGGGAGCCAAACUGCCAGUAAAAUGGAUGGCUUUAGAAAGUUUGCAAACUCAGAAGUUCACUACCAAGUCAGAUGUGUGGUCCUUUGGAGUACUACUUUGGGAACUGAUGACAAGAGGAGCCCCACCCUACCCAGAUGUUAACUCUUUUGAUAUCACUGUUUAUUUGCUGCAAGGAAGAAGGCUCUUGCAGCCUGAAUAUUGCCCAGACCCACUAUAUGAAGUCAUGCUUAAAUGUUGGCAUCCCAAACCUGAACUACGGCCAGCGUUCUCUGAGCUAGUUUCAGAUAUAUCGACGAUCUUUGCCACUUUCGUUGGGGAGCAUUAUGUUCAUGUGAAUGCUACCUAUGUCAACGUGAAAUGCAUUGCACCUUAUCCUUCUCUUCUAUCAUCCCAGGACAACAUUGAUAGGGAUUCAGAUACAUGACCAGAUAUAUUUUACUAUACAACCAGGACAGGAAGAAAAUCCUAACAAUGGCCAACUUUUUUUGCUGCCUGGAUUAUGUAAAAACACUGUCAUAUGUGUUGUACAAAUUGCACUAUUUCAAGGAGACAAUUUCAUGUUGCUGAAAGCUACUGUGAUCUAUACUGACUACUGUUACUGAAAUAUCUUAUCCCUUUCCAGCUUUCCUCAGUUGUGACCAAUCCAGCUGGCGUUAUAAAUUAUACAACUGAUAAAUUCAGAAUCAUCAGUAAUGCAGAGUGCCAGAAACUAGAGGAAGCAUUAUCCCUAUUCAUGUCUGUAGUUAGCAGUUUUUUUGUUGCAUAAGUGCCAAGCCAGAUAACGACUAUUCCAGGAUUGCAAAAAAAUUAUCUUAUGUAUUUCAUGAGAUUUGCUUUGCUUGCUCUAUUAGUGUUGGCUAUUUGAAAAUCAUUUUCCCAGUUGUUUGGGAGUACCACAACUUCUGUGAUUGGUUUUCAAAACAAUUUGGAAUUCUGAGACACAGUUAUCACAUGAUCAAAUUAUUGCAGCAGCUUUACAGAAUCGAGGGCACUGCAAAUAGCAGAUCAAACACGUCCAUUGAGCAUGGUAGCAGAGAAUGCCUUUUAAACCAGUAGGCCAAAGAGUGAUCAUUAGCAUUUCAGAGUGUAGAUUAAGGAAUUGCAGUUCAUAGAUCCCCAGCAUGGUGUCCCUGAGUGUUAUGGUGCUCACCAACACCUUUUCUGGAGGCUACCAAGUAUUUUUAGGAAGUGGGUGGGCAAACAGGAGUUUUGCCCAGCAAGGCUUCGGACUGACUAGUUAUGGUUAUUAAAAUGUUGGUUUAGCAGGAGCUGCCACCACAACACAAGGAUCUGCACUGUGUUAAGUUGUGGCAAUCAUUUUCUGGCUAGUUCUGCCUCCAGCAGCCAUUGUGUGGCACCAUAAGUCUCAAAGUGUCUGCAGGCUCAAAAAGAUUGGGGCCACAUACUGUGGGUAAAUAGUUCAAAAUGUCUGAGUGGGCAGCUAGGCAGUUGAACUGGAUUUAGCUGCCAUGUCUACGUGUGAUUCAAAGGAAGAGCUACAGCUGAAGAAAAGUGAAGAGCUGAAGACACAAAAGGAUGUGUUUGGCAAUUAGGAACCAAAAAAAGUUCAGCACUAUCUACUUAUUGUACAUCUGGGCAGUGCCAGACACAAGUGGAUGAUAACAUUGAGAAGAGAACGUGAUGCAGCUGAAAGCAGUGUGUCGCAUUCAGCUGGUUCUGUUGUUGUGACAUGACCAAAAUAAAGGAUUUUUUAAAAGAGAUGUAGCUUUUGAAAACAAAACACACAACUGUGCUCUUAAUGUUAGAUUGAGCAUCAUGUUUCAUUUCUAUUCCUGUGGAAUCCUGUGCAUACUACUGUAUAGACUGUUUGGUGUAGGCAAAUAGUUAGUUUUGUUGGUGUAAACCCUUUGAAAGCAUUCUAUUUUUAUAUGGGAGAAGUUUUAUUUUUAAUUAUAUAUUAAUAUACAUACAAAGUUUGUUUAGGCCAUAAAAUAUUGCACUGUGAAUGAUUCAAAAAUAUUUUAUCAGCCUGUGUGGUAAAAGAUGUUCAAGAACCUUGCUCUGUAAAGACUGGAAAGGUAAAGAGUUUGUUGCAAGCUAUCUUCACCCAAAUAUUAAAAUAUCUCAUUGCUAGAAUAAGAAAAUACAACUCUUAAGAUCUUUGAGGACACAACACCUACUGAGAAUCCAAUUCUAAAGGAGAUUAUGAUUCCUAAAAGACAAUAUGCCACAUUGCAAAAUUUAUGGCCAAGUUGGAGUGGAUAAGCAAACUGCUUGCUGUUGUAUUCAACAGCCACAUCAAUUUCUUCAGCAAACACUAUAUGUGCUGAGAGCAACACUAAUUGGGGAUUGCCUAAGCACAAAAAAUCUGCUGUAAGCAAAGAUGAAAAAUUACUUUCAGAGCUAAAGUAAUUUGUGAUGCCAAGUUCAGAUAUUGUAAACCUAGGUAUACAAAUUUUGAGAGGGGGUGGGGAAUCAAACAGUUAUACUGUUCUUGAAGAAGCAUUAAUGUUGUGCCUGGGAUACUUGUACCUAAUGUGUGGUUCUUGUAGAGAUUUUGAUGUUUGUACAUUCAUAUGCCCGCGAAUAAGAUGGAUGGUACUUAACAUUUAUAAUUGUUAUGACCUAACAGACUUCUUAGUAAAAAAUAAAGUAUUUGUAUGCCAA